GGCGCCGGGGGCCGCGGGGGGCCCUCACUCCCGUUCCCUCCGCAGGCCUGCCAGAGGGGGAACUCCCAACACCUGGAACACCUGCUGUUCUACGGAGCCGAGCCGGGCGCCCAGAACGCGUCGGGGAACACGGCCCUCCACAUCUGCGCCCUCUACAACAAGGAGACAUGCGCCCGCAUCCUCCUCUACCGGGGGGCCAACAAGGAGGUGAAGAACAACAACGGGCAGACGCCUUUCCAGGUGGCUGUAAUAGCUGGCAACUUUGAGCUGGGGGAGCUGAUCCGAAACCAUCGGGACCAGGAUGUGGUCCCCUUCCAGGAGUCCCCCAAGUAUGCAGCCCGGCGGAGGGGGGGUCCACCAAGCACAGGGCUGACAGUACCCCCGAUGCUGCUCCGUGCUAACAGCGACACCAGCAUGGCACUGCCUGAUUGGAUGGUGUUUUCACCCUCUGGGCCCCCUGGCCCUGCCCCAGCGGCCCCAGCUCCGACUACCCCCUCUACCCCAGGCACCAAACUCAGCACUGGCACCUUGAGGAGUGCCAGCAGCCCUCGGGGUGCCCGGGCCCGCUCCCCUUCCCGAGGGAGGCACCCAGAGGAGGCAAGGAGGCAACCCCGGGGACGGCCCAGUUCCAGUGGGACACCCAGAGAGGGGCCAUCUGGGGGCACAGGGGGAUCCGGGGGCCCUGGGGGCUCCCUGGGAAGCCGGGGACGGCGACGGAAGCUCUACACAGCAGUACCAGGACGCUCCUUCAUGGCCGUGAAGCCAUACCAGGCCCAGGGCGAGGGAGAGAUCUCCCUGAGCAAGGGAGAGAAGAUCAAAGUGCUCAGCAUCGGGGAAGGAGGCUUCUGGGAAGGUCAGGUCAAAGGCCGAGUUGGCUGGUUUCCCUCAGAGUGCCUAGAGGAGGUGGCUAAUCGAUCCCAGGAGGGAAAGCAAGAAAGUCGAAGUGACAAAGCCAAAAGGCUCUUCCGACACUACACCGUGGGCUCUUACGACAGCUUUGAUGCCCCCAGGUAAGGAGAGGGGAAUGACCCGGGAGCUGACUACAUCAUUAAGGAGAAGACCGUCCUGCUUCAGAAGAAGGACAGUGAAGGCUUCGGUUUUGUGCUCCGGGGAGCCAAGGCGCAGACCCCCAUCGAGGAGUUCACUCCCACCCCAGCGUUCCCUGCGCUACAGUAUCUCGAAUCUGUGGAUGAGGGUGGUGUUGCUUGGAGAGCAGGACUCCGAAUGGGGGACUUCCUCAUUGAGGUGAACGGACAGAACGUCGUCAAGGUUGGCCAUCGGCAGGUGGUUAACAUGAUCCGCCAGGGCGGCAACACCCUGAUGGUGAAAGUGGUGAUGGUCACGCGGCACCCGGACAUGGAGGAGGCUGUCCACAAGAAAGUGCCCCAGCAGGCGAAGCGUCUCCCUCCCCCCGCCAUCUCCCUGCGGUCCAAAUCCAUGACUUCGGAGCUGGAGGAGAUGGACUAUGAGCAGGCGCCCAUGCCCAGCGUGGAGAAGAAGAGGACGGUCUACCAGAUGGCCCUGAACAAACUGGAUGAGAUACUGGCUGCCGCUCAGCAGACCAUCAGCGCGAGCGAGGGGCCCGGGCCAGGCGGCCUUCCUUCUCUGGGCAAACACCGAGCCAAGGGCUUCUUCGCCACCGAGUCCAGCUUUGAUCCCCACCACCGCUCCCAGCCUAGUUACGAGCGACCGUCUUACCUACCCCCCGGACCUGGCCUCAUGCUGCGGCAGAAGUCCAUUGGGGCAGCUGAGGACGAGCGGCCGUACCUGACGCCCCCGGCCAUGAAGUUCAGCCGGAGCCUAUCGGUGCCGGGCUCCGAAGACAUCCCUCCCCCGCCCACAACGUCCCCGCCCGAGCCCCCCUAUAGCCAAGUUCUAGAAUGGCUCAUGAGCAAGGAGAAAAGGAAGCUGGAAUCCCGUAGCCGGCUGGGCUGCAUCAGCAGGUGUUACCAGUCUAACCCGUCUUCCUCUCCUGACAGGGCUACUAUCCUCAUCUUAGCAAAGCCUGCCACAAAGUCCCUGACCCUCGGCCAAAAGGCCGCCUCCACCAUGAAGCCCUCUCUUGGUCCUCCAGGAGGAGGGCGCCUUCAUUCCCUGCUGACGGCCUAA